CAGUGGGCGAGUUAGGGCAGAGAAUAUUGCAGCAGAGAGACAUUGCAGCAGUCCCGAGCUGGGCAGGUGAGAGAGGAACUGCAAGAAGAGGUGCAAGGAGAGAGAGACUGCUGGAGACACAGAGAGAGAGAGAGCGAGAGAGAAAGAGAGAGAGAGCGAGAGAGAGCGAGAGAGUCAGAGCGUGCUAGAGAGAAUGACAGAGAGAGAGAGAGAGAGAGAGAGAGAGAGAGAGAGAGAGAGUGAGAGAGAGAGCCAUAGAGAGAGAGAAAGAGAUAGAGAGAGAGAGGUAGAGCAAGCAAGAGAGAGAGAAUGCGGCGGCGGGACUCCUGCAAAAAAAGACGCAUCUUCACUCACUCCAUUAGCAACAUCCCGCGCAGCAGCCGGCGAGGAUUAGCGCAUAAUUGCCGGCCAUCUCCCGCUGAAGAAAGGAGCUAAAUGAAGAUUCCGCUUACUUCCUUGCUGUUUUUCUCCUGCUUCUCGAGUCAAGUGGCCGUGGAAGCGCUCGGGUCUCCUUGCAAGUUGCGGGGAUGUGAUGGCUCGGCACUGCGGGGAACACAAGAACCCUGCUCCUAAGCACGCUGGAGGAUUUUUGCCCAAUAACACUAAAACAUAGAAAGUGUGCCCAGGAAGAAGAGUGGCAAUAGAAGUUGAAAAGACAGCAGAAUAAAAGUGGGACAGGAAGCCUCAGAGUGGGCAAGCAAACAGAGUCCGAUAUAGAAAGAAGCGGCGAGGAGCCAUGCAAAGACUUGGUGCAGUCCUACUGCUGCUGCAGCUGCUGACUCAGCUACCAGGUGCACACUCUGCUCUACGCUACCGCGUAGCGGAGGAGGGCCCCCCUGACGUCAAGAUAGGCAACGUGGCCGCAGACCUGGGCCUCACCGCAGGCACGGGAAGCGGCGACGUCACCUUUGCCCUGGAGAGCGGCUCCGAGUUCUUCAAGAUCGACAACGUGACCGGCGAGCUGACGACAGGCCCCAGGCGCAUCGACAGGGAGAAGCUGCCCCAGUGCCAGAUGAUUUUUGACGAAAACGAGUGCUUCUUGGACUUUGAGGUGUCGGUGAUUGGGCCCCUGCAGAGCUGGGUGGAUUUGUUCGAAGGCCGUGUAGUCAUAACUGACAUAAAUGACAACACGCCGUCCUUCCCCUCACCUGUUCUCCAGCUCUCUGUGGAGGAGAAUCGUCCAAUCGGGACUCUUUACCUGCUGCCCACUGCCACGGAUAGGGACUUUGGACGAAAUGGAAUCGACCGAUAUGAGCUGAUCCAAGAAGGUGCCAGUGGGUCAACGUCAACCAGACGCACAACAGGAGGUAGAGUAGACGGGCUUGGGGAUAGGAGGGGUAGGAGUGGAGACAACGGAGGAGGAGCUAGGAGCACCGUGUUUGAACUCCAAGUAGCAGAUAUACCAGAUGGUGAAAAACAACCUCAACUCAUUGUCAAAGGUAUGUUGGACCGCGAACAAAAAGACUCGUAUGAACUGAUCCUGCGGGUUCGAGAUGGAGGAAACCCCCCACGUUCAUCCCAAGCUCUGCUUCGUGUUUCCAUCACGGAUGUCAACGACAACAGCCCGCUUUUCGAAAGGUCCACGUAUGAGGCGGAAAUGGCUGAAAACGCGCCCCCGGGCACACCCGUCCUCCAGGUGAGAGCUUCAGACCGUGACAUCGGAGUGAACGGGCAGGUGGAAUACGUCUUUGGCGCGGCCACAGAAUCUGUCCGACGUCUCCUGCGGCUGGAUGAGGCCACGGGAUGGCUGAGCGUCCUUCACAGAAUUGACAGGGAAGAAGUAGCUCAGCUGAGGUUCACCGUCACGGCUCGGGACAGAGGUCAGCCACCACGCACCGAUCGAACCACAGUUAUUCUGGCGGUCCGUGAUGAAAACGACAACGUCCCAGUUGUAGAGAUUCGGAAGAUCGGACGAAUCCCGGUGCGAGAUGGAGCCGCGUUGGUACCUGAGAACGUUCUGGUGGACACGCCGGUCGCUCUGGUCCAAGUGUCGGACCGAGACCAAGGAGAGAACGGGGCUGUUACUUGUACUGUUGUUGGUGACGUCCCAUUCACCCUGAAGCCAGCUGGGGAAACGGCGCUCCCACCUUUACCGGCAGAUGAAGCCUUUGACAGGAACAAGAAAAAAUUCUUCCUGCAUACCUCGGCCUUGCUGGACUACGAAGUCACUAAAGAAUAUAGCGUCACCAUCGUGGCAGUGGAUUCUGGCAGCCCUAGUCUCUCCAGCAACAGUUCCCUGAUGGUGCGAGUGGUCGACUACAAUGACCACCCCCCUAUCUUUGCCCAUAGUGUCGUGGACGUCCACUUCGCUGAGAACAACUCCCCCAACGAGAGAGUCGUUACAGUGGUGGCCUCAGAUGCAGAUAGUGGCAAGAACGCAGAGCUAGCUUACUCCCUGGACCCUGCAGCAAAUGGACCGUUUUACAUAGAUCCAGAUAAUGGAGAUAUCCGUGCCACUGGUGUACUGGACAGAGAGCAAAGAGAGAGGUACGAACUUCAAGUUAUUGCUAAGGACAAAGGCACCCCUUCUCUUCAAGGCUCAGCAAGUGUGGUCAUCCAGGUGACUGACCGUAACGACAACGCACCCAAGUUUGUUCAGGAAGUGUUUACAUUUUACGUGAAAGAGAACCUGCUUGCCAACAGCCCAGUUGGCAUGGUCACCGUGACCGACGCUGACGAAGGUGAGAAUGCGGAGCUCAGCCUCUUUGUAGAGAUGGAUGAUGAGGAGAUUGUGGGAGAAAGUGGUGCAAAAGAUCAAGAGGAGGUGUUCUCCAUUGAGAAUAACACAGGUACAAUCUUCUCCUCCUUGUCGUUUGACCGUGAAAAACUGUCCACUUAUACCUUCCGUGUGAGGGCUGUAGAUGGGGGAGAGUCACGUAAAACCGCCACGGCCACCGUAUCGCUGUUUGUGACAGAUGAAAACGACAACGCCCCCGCCAUCACGUCUCCAGCCAAUGAGUCCUACACGCUCCUUCCGCCUGCUAGUAGUGCUCGCACUAUUGUCCGGACCGUGACAGCCAUAGACUCUGACACAGGCCCAAACGCCGACCUUCACUACGCGUUGGUUGGAGGAAAUCCCUUCAGGCUUUUUGAGAUCGGCCACUCUAACGGUGUGAUCACACUGGCAGAGCCACUGGAGCGGCGCCAUAGAGGUCUGCAUCGCCUGGUCGUCCGGGUGAAUGAUAGUGGUUCCCCCUCACUCUGCGCCACUGCCCUGGUCCACGUCUUCAUCAACGAGAGCUUGGUCAACGCCUCCCUCGUGGAAGCACAGGUGAGUCGAAGCCUGCUGGCUCCUCUGUCGCUGGACAUCGCAGGGGACCCAGACAGUGACCGGGCUUUAGGCAAACAGCGCCUCAGCGUUGCCAUCGGUGUGCUGGCUGGAGCCGCAGCCGUCAUCUUGGUCAUCCUCCUUGUGGUCACCGCCAGGCAAUGUGGCACCCAAGGCAAGAAUGGCUACGAGGCCGGCAAAAAGGAGCCAGAAGAAGACUUCUUCAGUCCUUCGGGGGCUCAACCACAGGUGGGCCGUGGCGGCGGAUCCGACCGAGGCCGCAAACCUCGACGGGACAAACGCAAUGGAAGCGGUGGCGGUGUAGCAGCUGCAGGUGCCAAGUCGGACAGGUCCCUAUACAGCGGCAUCAUCACUGUAAACGGACUUCGCCGCCACGGCAACGAGGAGGAGGAGGAGGAGGAGGAUAUAAGCGGUGCGAGCGAGCGCCUGGCAGCACGCUACUGCGCCGUAGACGGUGAUCCCGGCAGCCCGAGGAUGGGUGGCGGCAGAAGACACCAGUCCAGCCCGGAUUUGGCCAGACACUACAAGUCCAGCUCGCCUCUCCCGGCCGUCAACCUCCAGCCUCACUCGCCUCCGGCCGAGGGGAAGAAGCACCAGGCGGUCCAGGAGCUGCCGCCCUCCAACACCUUUGUGGGCAGCGGGGGCUGCGUGGGUAGCACUGCUUCCAGCAGCAGUAGCGGCAAUGGCGACGCCAUGUCCUUGGGAUCUGACCAAUGCUCAGAGUACGGCUGCCAGACUGGGAACAGGUACAACAAACAGGGAACCCUUCGCCGGGUGACCUUCUCCGUGGUCAGCCAGGCCCAGGAUCCUGGCUGCUACGACAGCGGCCUGGAGGACUCGGAGACCCCCAGCAGCAAGAGUUCAUCGGGGCCACGCAUGGGAGCCCUGCCGCUGCCGGAGGAAGGUUACGAGCGCACCACACCCGAGGGCAGUGUGGGGGAGGAGGAGCAUGUGGAGAACGAUGCCAGACAGCUGCCAGAUGUGGCUUUGACCGGAAAGUGUACGCGGGAGUGUGAUGAGUUCGGCCACUCAGACACGUGUUGGAUGCCCAUGCGCUCGUCCCCACGCCAACGCCACGGCAGCGACCCCCCGCGACUUUCCACCUUUGCCCCCGGUGACGACAACAACAAUCUGCGAAGGAACGAUCACGAGAGCGACAGCGAGAGCGCAGGGAGUGCCGGGAGCUCGGAUCCAGGGAUUGUCGUCCCCGGAGAAGGUCAGAGGUUACCCCUAGUCAACGGUGACCCUCUGGGUACCUUAGGAAGAGCCAAUAAGAACAUGGGCGACCACAAUCGGAACCUUCUCAACCGGAAGAUGACCUCGGCGUCGUACGACACCUUCAGCAGCGCAGGCUUUGGGAGGCGCCAACAGGAGGAGGGAGGAGGAGAAGAAGGCCAAAACCCAGCGGAGGUCAUACCUCUCACCCGAACUGGAGGGGACUUCAAGACCACGUCCUGCCUCACAUUGUCACGCCGUGAAGUCUACCUGUGACCUCCUCCGGCACGCAGCAAUCGGCCUUUAGUCAGACUUGUCAACAUGAUGCUUGACUAGAAGUUGUAUAUGCAUUGAGAACUUGUGGAUUCUAAUAUUUAUACUUCAGCCAGUGAUGCAUCAACUCUUUUGAGAGCUCCUGCCAGGAGUACUUUCCUUUAAAAAGACUACAAAACAAGAAGAAAAAGAAGUGAACGUUGCCUGCAGGCACUGAUUCUAUCAUGUCCAUGUGGAGGAGGACGACAUCAUCUCUCCUUCAUUGUUUUUCUACCUGAAUCUGAUGCAUGCCUGACCUUCUGCCUCUGAGAGAAAGACUUGAAAUUUUCAUCACAACGCAAACUUUCAAGAGUCAAGCGGCAAACGUUCAAAGUUUAGCGAUAAGCAGAAAAAAAUACAACUUAGCUAUCCGGUUUGAAUUUAUUGAAGCAGAAUUAGCGUCACACUAUACCAACAAAAAAUAAUAUACAUUUUUAAUAAUAAACACACCACUUUACAAAAAUAAAGUGGCAACAACACAGAAUUCAAACCUGACAUUUGCAAGCAACAGACUGAAUCUUGCGUAUUUUCAUUUUAAAGCAAAUGCUGACAAAAACCAAUUCCCAUCCAAAUUGUGAUUCUAAUUUAUUACGAAUCUAAAUUGGUUUGUUAUUUUUAAGAGUAAAUUUUUAAACUGAGAAUUUUGUUUAUUUUACUCGCUGCGCGUAUACGUCAUAUGUCAGCACCCAAGAGGACCUUUUGUAACCUUUUUUGAAAAAGUUUUGUUAUAACUUGCAUCAUUAUUACAAUUCCAAUAUAAAGAUUAGACCAAUAAUAUCAUCUGAGAAUCAGUUUGAAUCCAGAAUCAAUUCUGUAUUCCAAGAAUAGGAAUUCAAUUUAAUAGGGAGUUGUUGUAAGAUCAACAACCCGAGCAAAGGCUGUAUUUGUCAUAUUCAGACUUUUUUAUGUUGAUUUGAUUUCCUGAAGUUGCAACUUUUCACUUUUACGACAUCUUUAUUUUAUGCUGAUUUUCUGUAGUUAUUUGGUUUAUGUUAUGUUUUUGUAAAUAAAUAAAUACAAAUUAUGGUAACAUAACUUUAAACUCCCCCAUCUUUUUCAUGUAAAACGACAACUUUUUGAAAUUAUUUUGUUACACCUUUAUUUUUGGUUUAGACAUUUUUAUCAAAAUAUUACAACUUUAUUCAAGUAAAACAAAGUCUCGUAACACUAUGAUUUUAUUCAAAUAAAAUUGCAAGAGAUACUCAGAUUUUGUUCUCGAAAACAUCGUAAGCCGGCUAGUUGUGAAGCGUUUGUGAUUCCAAAGAUGUGGAGGACCUCAGGCAGGCUGCAGGUAAGAUGAGUCUUUACUUCAAUACACAAGGCAACAUACCAAACUGGGUGCUAGGUUAGCAUGGCAUUAAGAUAGCUGAGUGAAAAACAUACGUAGCGUGAAACAAACAACAAACAAAUCGUCGUCUGUAGCGAACAAUGGAGCAGAAACUAAGACUGGAAAACACCAGAAUAUAAAAGGGAGUGAUUGGGGAAGAACCAAGUGAGGACACUAAUCAAUUAGAGAAAGCAGGUGCAGCUAAUCAGUCACCUAGCAAUAGGAAAAUGUAACCAAGGAAGCAAAGGAGCAUCGAAAAACAUAUCAGGCCACUAAACUAAGGAGAAUAAUACACAGACUCUAACCUGGUGGGACAAAUCAUAACAAUACGUUUUAAAACUGUUCUCAUAGGACAUUAGUGUCUUUUACAACUUUUUCCUAAAAAUAAACAUCGAACUAUAUUCUUGUAAUUUUUCUUACUGGUAAUUUAAUUUCUUUCUUUUCGUAAGUUAAAACAUUUUCCCUGUAUUAUUACAACUUUAUUAUAAAAUGAUGACUUUCUUCUUAUAGCGCCAUAUUAUAUUUCCCAUUUAGUGUGGCUCUAAUACUUCUUCGUACAAUGUAGACCAGUUAGAUAAGACAAGGUUGAGUAAAAAUACAAGUAGUCUGUUAGUUAUAUGCGGCUUACAUUAGUGUCAAUUGUUUCUUGAGGAACACCAACUGUACUUUUACUUCCAGUAUAGUACCAAUGAACAAGUGUACAGUACAAAGCAAUUAUUAUAGAUCAUCUUAAUGAUCCCUAAAGCAGGUACUCUUUUUUUCUAUACUGCAACUAUGUGAAUUUUGAUAAUAAUCUCAUGUAACCACUCAGAGCACGAGCGCAUAAAUAGCAUCACAGUGGGUCUGACCUCAUGCCUUCACACACAGCCUGUAUGUCCUGGAUAUUAAGUAUGCCUACAUUGGAAAACAAAGCAGCGUUCUCCACUCACCUACAAGACUGUGACCCUGCGUGUGCAUGAACACGCCAACAGGCACACGCACCUACACACAAACUGGCGUGGAGGCAUGAAUCCUCGAAUCCAUACAUUGACUUCACCACAAAGACAAUGGGCAUUGGCUUUCCUGCAGCACACUUAUGCAUACAAACAUUGAAUAACAUGCAGCUCCAUUAAAAGAACUUCCAUCACAACGUGUAAGAUUCAACAGUGCGCAGAUAAAACAUGCAUCCAUCCAUCCAUUUUCUACCGCUUGUCCCUCUAUCCCAGCUGCACUUGAGUGAAAGGAGGGGUACACCCUGGACAAGUAUCCACCUCAUGGAAGGGGCCAACACAGAUAGACAACAUUCACACACUAGGGACCAUUUAGUGUUGCCAAUCAAUCUAUCAGGUGUAUGUAUUUGGGGGUGGGAGGGGCCUAUCCCCAGGUGCAUGUCUUUGGAGGUGGGACGAAGCCGGAGUACGCGGAGGGAACCCACGCGGUCACGGGGAGAACAUGCAAACUCCACAGAGCCCAGGGAUCAAACCCAGGACCUUCUUAUUGUGAGGCACACGCACACACCACAAUCCUACUGUGCUGUCCAGAUAAAACAUAGUCAGCGUAAUGUAAGUAGGACUCAUAGUCUGGAGUAAUUAUGCUAACCCUUUUCUUCCUUUUCUGGGAAUAAAAAGGCUUUUUGGGAAUAUUUGCUUACGUCUGUACUGUAACUAACGGUGUGCUUAAAGACCAAUAGAGAUGAAGAUGGCAGGAAGAGAGGAAACACUUUUAAAUUCAGAUUGCACAAAGCGCAACCCCAUGCUUCUGUGCAUGAACUCUUUCGCCCUUUCCCACUUUUGUAGAGCGGCGGCUGCAGACGGAGACCUGCACAUCUUAAUUCCCAUCAUGAGAUAAUCGGGUUAGCACGUCCCUCUGGUCUUAAUGAGUCCCUUUUAUGGCUCCUCUCCUCCCUUCAUCUUACACAAUCUUAUUAUCAACGUCUCAAUAUGUGAAUGUAACCGCAAUUUGUCAGGAAGUGUGUCUCCUCAUUGUUCUGGUGCUUUCCGAGCAGAUAAUGAGGGGAGGGAAUAGGUUUAAGAUUCUUAUGGAGUAUGAGUGGGACAGCAAGCAUUUGAUGCCUAUCCAUGUAUAUAUACUGUAUGUACCUUCUACAAGCGUGUGUCUCCCUGGAGCUGUCUUCAUUCCCUGACAGACUUUAUCCACUGCUGGAAUGGAUGCUCCAAAAAGGAACGUUUUGCCAAGAGACCCUUUAUCUCUGCUGUUUUAAGGCAGUUUCAUGAUUGCACCUUUCAAGGGAACUCGCUGUAAAUGAAUCAGUGUGAGAGUGUAACCUUUGAUAUAAUAUACUGCACGUUUAAACAUGUUUCACUACUGCAAAAACAAGAGGGGUGGCAGUCCUAAAGAGGACAUUUUAGCAGACUGGACAGUGGACAUUGGACUGUCCUCCCCUCUCUUAAGCCCCUGUAGAUAGCCAUGUACAGACACUUGACUGGAUACCGUAAAGGACAACGGCAUGCUGAAGCUCUUCAAAUCUGCACUUCUCAUGAAAGAAAAAAAAUGUCUUAGGGAGAUUUUGUUUUCUUCCUUAGUUGUUUACUUUUCUUUCGAGAUUUACUCUGUUUUUCGCUCUCCUCUUAACGACUUAAUGAACUAAUUGCAUUUGCUAUGACAAGAAAGAAGAGACCUGUCAGCACAUGGUUUGGUUAUGAAGAAGAAUCCUGUAAAAGUUUCAAUUUGACAUUAAAAACGUCAAAUACU